AUGGAAGUAGAUCGGACCCCCGCAUCGGAAGGUCCAAUGGCGAGGCGAGUAGCGAGCUUUGAAAACGUUACGAUUGGCUCGCAUCCCGCAUUCUCUGGAUACGACAUUUACGCACCAUCCUGCUUGGACAUUCCCCUCUCGACAUUGUACUCACCCCAGCAAGUUCUUACUCGCCUCAUGCCGCCUCCCAUUACUUUCGAUUCGUCUGAGAAAGUUCGAAUACUUCUUCGUUAUGCAUUAUGCUGGGGUCUGCAUAUCGACCACCCAGACUUUGCAAAGAAGCUUGCCGAGCACGGAAUCAAGACUGCUAGGAAAGGUGGAGAUGGCCACGUUGCGUAUGGAACUAUCAGAUCUGCCUUGACAUGGUAUCUUGGGAAGGACUACUCAAAGCUUCUACCCGCAUACACCAUCGGAAAGGGCGAAAGCACCCUUUUCGAGGUUCGCAUGAGAGUCCUCAAACACGACUCGAGGGACUUGGAAGCUGCACUCAUGAACAUGAACAUUAGCGAUCCGGCACGAGUCGAUAUUUUUAAGCCUGACAGUUGCUUGAACAUGUCAGCCGUUCAUCCGUUGGACGGAGAUGCGCGCAUUGAGGAUGACCUACUGACCCACAUGAACGGGACUUUAGAGCAGAUUCGACAGGAUCACCAACGGGAACAGGAACAGGCAAGAAUCGUAGAGUCUCAACAAGAGGAGGCGAAGAUCAAAUCAACGUGGACAAAGAGGACUAGGCGGGAGUACGCGAGCGAAGGCUCGGAGCGUGCAAAGCCAAGACAACAUUAUCGGCAGAAUCAAGAAAAGAUCGAGGCCAGCUUGCAAGAGGCGUUAAACAAACGGAAUACUUUGUUAGAGGGCUAUAGGAUGAGGCGUAAUAUGAACCCAAUCAGCUCUCACGAACCGCGAUUGAACGGAACGCCGCCCAAGGCCUCACCUUUGACGGUCAAAGUCGAAGAAAAGAACCCUGGAAUACAGAAACAGCGUCAUAGCAGCAGGGAAAGUGUAAGGCGGAGGGAGCAAAGCAUCAAGGCUCUCAGUGUAUGUGUGUACGACAAUGCGGCCCUUGGUGAUCGACUCCCAACAAUAACAGAUGCAUCCUCUUUGAUGCUCAGUAAACUACUCCGACAACGGAAUCCCAUUCCUUCGGGCGACCUGCGUCAAACGAUUUUGUUGCCAGACAAGGUACGAGGUAGUCUGUCAGGAGACAAGUUAGGAAACACGCCUCUCCAUUACUAUGCCGGUCAUUGGCUUUUCUUUGCUAUGCUUGAAAUCUACACCGGGAUCAGCCCUUGGAAGGAAGAACGCGGAGACAUCCCAAAGCUGAACAAUGCGAAUCAGUCCUGGCUCUUCACUAUGAACCCGGAACACCUGGAACAUUCCACUUUGGAGUUACGUCGACUAAUUGAUAUUUGUGGAAGUGGAACACCGUGGUUCUUUCACAGUAAGCUCGAUGCAUGUUCUGCCUGUGUAUCCUUACACUGCGUGAAAAACGCACCUCCACUCGCACUUCAGGAUUGUCACGGCCAAACUUGGCUGCACCAGUAUCUGUAUCAUAACGAGUGGAAGCCAGAGCAGUUGAACGCCAGAACGGAGACAGGGAAGUGUCGAGCCGUCGAACUGCUGACGCUAUGCAAGCACUACGGCAUGGAUCCCGGCGUAAAGGAUAACAUGGGCCGUAGCGUCCUUGACUACCUAAAGCCACACGCCCAGAGCGAGGAGAGCGAGGAUGCGGAAUUGGAGACAGAAGGCACGAUAUUCGCGAUUCGAGACCUGGACACCGGUCUUGCGGAACACACCUUGGCUUCUUGGGGUAUUCGCACGACUUCCCGUGUCCAGUCCUGGGCAACGUGGCUUGCUGAAGCAGAUUCGACAUCCGACAAGCCUUUGCGCGGCAUAGAAAUCGCCCUAGAGCGCGCGGAAGCUGGUGCUGGGCUGCACGAUCGCGACUAUUACGACACCCUUGGGGACACACUCCUGCUAGCAUUCAUUAACUUCGUGGAUCCGCAGACCAUGCCGGCACAGCAUGUACAAAAGACACUACGCUGGAUUCUUGUCAGAAUCCCGCGGGUCGACUUGCGCAAUAGAGAAGGUUUGACACCGCUGCAGCUCGCCAUCCAUCUUGCGCUUCCGCAUGUCGUCGCCACGCUUCUACACCACAUCAGCACGCACCACGGCUCUGCGGGCUCCACCAGUGCCUCUGAAGACGUGGCACUCCAAAAUUCCAUUCAAGUGGAAAGCUACCAGGGUGUCACUCUUCUACAAUGCUUGCGAGCGACUUAUUGGAAUGCACGGCAUUCAGUGUUUGAGGGCGCCAUUUUCGUCGAGGCAGACGCCAUCAUAUGUGCAUGUCUGAUCACAAAUGCGCUAGCUGGGAAGAUGUUCGAUGAGUCUCACGAGUUUCGGCCGCUGCGGGAACGUCAUAUUGAGAGGGAUAUAUACCUACCCAUCACACCGCUGGUUGGACAGUAUCUUCCUUUCGGACACUGUGCAUCAUGCCCUUCCGCUACCGCUUCCCUGGGCAGCGCGAUGCAAGAGUCUUGCAUGUGUGCUGCUGCAUGGAAGGGCGGCACAUGAGCAAGAGAUAUUGCAUCGGCCGUGAGUGCUGUUACCACGAUAUGGCAUAUACUCCGGUUUCGACACUGUGUGAAGUACGCCUUGCUGCGAUACUGCAGAGUAGACCCGGGUCAAAAAGUCGCAAUGUCUCAAUUACAUUCAGCCAAACAAAAGAGGUAUAGCGUCCAACACCUGUAAGAUAUCUUUGUCGUUUUGUGAAUUGCGGUGGUUACUGUAAGAGACUGCAUUGCGGCCGUAUGAAGGGAACGCAUGGGCCUCGGUACGGGAAUGUUCCAGUAAGCUUACUUGUUGUUACCUUGUUCGAGUAGACUACCAAGUCAUGAAUGAGGCGCUAGUCUGCCUCCGCCUGCG